AUGGACUCCGAAGUCCCCGCCGUAAGCCCCGCGCAGCUUCUGAUGCACGAGUCGCUGGGACGCAUUGUCACUAUGACAUGCCUCCGCUCCAUUAUCGAGCUUCGACUGUACGACCUGGUUCCAGAGACAGGAACAGUCUCGCUCACCCAACUCGCGAAAUCAAGUAAUGCAAGCGAAGAAAUUCUCAUUCGGCUGCUGCGUCCUCUUCUCGCGUCCGGUAUUUUUGCGUCUCCCAGACCCCGAGAGUAUAUACAUACACCCGGAUCCAUUGGGUUCAGACAGCCGGCAAUUCGCGCUGCGUUCCUGCACGGGUUUGAUGAGACUCUACCCUGCUUCUUGGUGCAGCAUCGCUGGUUGGCAGAUAAUGGUUGGAAGUCCCCUGAGUUGCCCGAUAAUUGUCCCUUCUCCAUGACCCACGGAGGCGACUCCCUAUUUGGUCACUUGGAAAAGAACCCGGAGAAGGCCGAAGUGUUUAAUAGAGACCAGGAAAUGGAAUUUAUUGGCAUCGUUGGUGUGUACCCUUUCGGACAGGAGCUCAAGUGGUCCGGCCCUGAGGACGUCUUAGUCGAUGUGGGAGGAGGCAAAGGCCAGGCCAGCCUGGCGCUGACCAAGGCAUAUCCAGAAUUGCAUAGGAGGGUCGUGUUGCAAGACCAGGCACCAGUUCUGAAGAGUGUAGAGCAUGAAGUGCAAGCAGUCGUUAAGGAAAUGAGGGCAUACAACUUCUUCGACCCUCAGCCGGUCAAAGGGGCUGCUUUUUAUUACCUCCGUCGCAUUCUCUGUGAUUGGCCGGACAAGGCAUGCAAGAUCAUAUUGCAAAACCAAGCGGAAGCUAUGGACUCACAUUCGCGACUGCUGAUCGCCGCUUUCGUCGUCCCAGAAGUAGGAUGUGAUUUUCUGACUGCUGCCUCUGAUGCCGUUAUGAUGACUUACGCAGGAAAGGAGCGGACAGAGGCGCAGUUCAGACAGCUGUUGGAAAGCGUCGGUCUAUACUUGACUAAAGUGUGGCAGACACCUGGGGAGCUGCAAGCAGUCCUAGAAGCUCGACUCUCGUAG